CCUCCCUCGUCCCAAAAUCCUUUCGGUCUCUAUUGAUUUCUCCCUCCAAACCUUAACCAUAGAAUUUGUUCCCUCCCUUUCUACUCAAACUGUCUGCGCGGGACAUAUAUAAAUCAAAUUAACCGUUGAGACAAGGAUCAAAACCCUAGUCGCAGUCUAUUGCGAUCUUUUUCAAGCUAGGGUUUGAGAAAAUCUUUGUUCUGAAAGAUCAAGAAUCAGUUUGUUUAAACUUGUAUCGCUUAUGAUUCGGUUGUUGGUGUAAUGUCUCGGUGUUUUCCGUAUCCUUCUCCUGGAUACGUGAAGAAGGGGAUCAACGAUGAGGCCCUAAUCGAAUCGAUUAAGCUCCAAAGAGAAGAUGGAAAGGCCAAGAAAGAAAAGAAGAGAGAGAAAAAACGAGAGAAGAAAGAAAAGAAGGCUAGAGAAAAUGGGGAGCUUGAAAAUAAGAAGCACGGUCAUAAAAAAAGGCACAAAGAUGAAAGGCACCAAGAAGACGAGAAAGGUAGAGACCAUGGAAAGAAAAGAAAGCAUGAAAUAGAAAACCUUGACAAGAGUACCCUUACUGAAGAGCACGAACAUCCAGUUGGUUCCCAGAACUCUUCUGAUAGCACUGUUGACAGCAACAAAAGGCCGAAGCAGAAAUCGUACCCUGAUGGCAUGCAUAAUUCUGCAAGCAUUUUCCGGAUCCGAUUGCCUCUCCAAAGGCACAAAGAUCCUGAAGUGCUACCCAGAGAGGAACAACCUUGCCAGUUGCCUAUUCAGAAGCACAAAGAUCCACAAAUGCUACCCAGCCAAGAACAACCUUCCUGGUUGUCUCUUCAAAGGCACAAAGAUCCGCAAGUGCUUCCCAGCCAAGAACAGCCUUCCCAACUGUCUCUCCAAAGACACACAGGUCCACAAAUGCUACCCAGCCAACAACAGCCUUCCCGGUUGUCUCUCCAAAGGCACAAAGAUCCGCAAGUGCUACCCAGCCGAGAACAGCCUUGCUUUGCCUCGGGAAGGACUGAUAAUGCCUUUGUACAAGGAAUGCAUGAAGCUGCUCCUAGACAAGGCAGAGAUGAGGGACAACAUCGCUGCUCUACUUUUGGAAAUUCUGGCAAAGAAGUCCCUGUCAGACUUGGUAAAGAAAAGCUUCGAGCAACUAGUAGUGCUUCACUUUCUAUAACCUCGAAAUACUCAGAGCUAAUUGAAAACUGGGAUCAACAUCCUUUGUUGCAAAGCUUUCCCAUGGAUGUUGAUGAUCAGGGAUGGUUGUUUGAGACAAAGCAGAACCGGAGCUGCAUGGCUGAUGAACGAAUAUUUGUGAGUGACAGCUUGAGCUACGGAGACUCAGCGUCUUGGCCAUGUGCUCGCCAGUUGCCCGAGGCCGAUAUAUACGCUUUUCCCUUUACAGUACCGUUCUGAACUGCCCUUGGAAAACUGCAUUGGAAAGUGGAAGAAAGACAAGUGAGGAGCUCCAGUGAACUUUGUUCUUCAUACGUGUUCUAGGUGCAGAAAGUGUGAAGAGUUUGUUUCCGGCUUUUGUGCUGUUGUUUGCCUCUUGUGCCUGGUUGGGUUGGAAAAUAAAAAUAAAAAUAGCAUUGGGUGGUAGAGAUUGAGGAAUUAAAGGUAUCUUCUUUUUGUAGGUAGAUGUCAUCUUGAUGUAUCACAACUUUGCAAUUCUUUGAUCAAUUAUAAUAUUAUAUUCCGUUUCUCAUA